ACCUGAUCAUUGCAAGUAAACAUGGGCUUGGGGUUUCCCCCCAUUCUCCAUAUCAAGGGGGUUUAUUCAAUUAACAUCUUUCUCCUUUUACUUAUUCAGAAAAAUAUCGUCUUCUUUCCCGCGUUCCUCCUCCGAGCUACGUCCGAUCCCGUCACCGCUCCUUCGCCGUUGCUGACAGAGCCUUCAACGAGGGAAUGAAGAAAGCAGAGGAAUGAAAUGGAAAACAGCGGCGGCCCUGAAAACAGGCAACAAAAAAACGACAAUGAGAAACAGAACGAUACAUCGUUCGUCAUAAGAAUACCAUCUUAUGAAGAAGUGGUCGAGGGCUCUGAACCCAAGACAACGCAGCAUUCUCUCUUCAAUCCUUCCCCAUCCUUUUCUCAGGCCUUCAAUUUCAUCAAGAACACUGAAUUUUACACAACUCCACCGCCUCCAUCUCCCUCUCAACCCUCCGAAGUUUCCCCUUCACCUUCUCAAGCGCACCCUCCAAGACAAAUUGUUCAGUCUGAAGUUCCAUCUACAUCAGUUUCUUCAGCUGGUGGGAGUCGGAAUUCCAUACUUGUCAGCCAUAGACAGAAGGGGAACCCUUUACUGAAACAUAUAAGGAAUGUUCGAUGGGCUUUUGCCGAUAUUGUUUGUGACUACUUGUUGGGCCAGAAUGCUUGUGCUCUUUACUUGAGUCUCCGAUAUCAUCUUCUACACCCAGAUUACCUGUAUUUUCGGAUAAGGGAAUUGCAGAAGAACUUCAAGCUUCGUGUUGUAUUGUGCCAUGUUGAUGUGGAAGAUGUUGUUAAGCCCUUACUUGAAGUCACAAAAACAGCUCUACUUCAUGACUGCACUCUUUUAUGUGGUUGGAGCUUGGAAGAAUGCGGUCGGUACUUGGAGACCAUUAAAGUUUAUGAAAAUAAAUCUGCUGAUCUUAUUCAGGGCCAAAUGGAUAUGGACUACCAAUCACGGUUAAACCAUGCACUUACAGCAGUACGACAUGUUAACAAGACCGAUGUUGUCACUCUUGGGUCUACAUUUGGGUCUCUUUCUCAUAUCAUGGAUGCGUCAAUGGAAGAUUUAGCUCGUUGCCCUGGCAUAGGAGAAAGAAAGAUGAUUGUGCAGGUAAAACGCUUGUACGACACUUUCCAUGAGCCAUUCAAGCGUGCAGUUCCCAACCAUGCACCUGUUUCUGAAAAUCCCAUUGAUAACCAUGGACAUACAUCUGAAAGUGAAAGAAAUGAGGAUGAGAAGGAAACUCUAGAUGCAAGCAAACGGCAAAAGAAAGAAGCAGAAGUAAGUGUAAGAUCUGCACUGAAGGCUGCAUUCGCGAAGUAUCCCUGUGCAAUUGGUAAAAAGAGCAAUACCAUAGUGCAAGAUAAAAAGGAAGAGAAGACUGUCGCUGCUCAACAAAUUGAUAAAAAGGACGACUAUGCAUGUUAGUUCAUCUUAUUCAUGAAAAUGAAGUUAAUGCACCAUGGCGAGUCAUGUUCAGGAAAAUGGUAGCUUUCGAGACGACACGUUUAUCAAGUACAAGUUGUUCUCACACCGAUAAAUCAUAGAUAUUGGUUCUCUGGGUCGUAUUGUAUAUUAGCAUAUGACCAAUGACUGAAAUUUGCUUCUUUUUCCCAGAUAAAAUGGAUUACAAACCACUGAGGCAAUCCUGACAUUGGAGCACUCUUCUGAUUUAUGUCAUCUGUGACUUUUAUAAAGGAAAUGCAUGUUAAGCUUGUGAGCAUGUAGUUCAGUGUACUUGUGCUUUUAUACAUGUUGGUACCACUGAUGUAGAAGUAUCAUUUGUGUGGAUUACGCAGUCUAACAUAGUUCCAGUUCUUAUUU